AUGCAGCCGGGUCAUCGCGGCGUUGUGACUUCGGAGAUAAGAAGCCGGCGCCGGUUUAUUCAUAAGACACAAAAAAACGGAACCGAUUUCCUUGCGGCGUCAGGACGGUUACUGGUUACCAUAGUCGGCGGCGCGCAUCUCGCGUCUUCGCUCAGUGCCGAUGUUGCUUUCCGCGAAACAGUGGACCCAAUCAAAAAAAGGAACAGGGCCAUGGGGUUCAUGAUGGAGGCUUCGAACCAGUACAUUGUCCGCGGACAGGGCCACGGAAGCCCGAGGACGACGUCGGGUAGAAGGCAGUUACUGUUACUUGCCAUCAACGAGGAGACUAAAAAAAACCGAACACCCCCAUCGUUCGCCCAGUGUCUCUCCAUCAUCAUCAUCCGGGGAGCACCCUACCUAACUCGUUUCGCCGUCGAUCCCCCUCCCUCCUCCCAUUCGACAUUGUUUCCAGAUUCUACAUCAUCAAUCGAGAGCUAUCUUGUUUCAUUUCAUCAUAACAACGGCAGAGAGCCGGCCCCGUCGUCACACCAAACGCCCUGCGGCCGAUCACCGGCACCACAAACGCCCGCCAUGGCCAUGGACGAUAUUGACCGCGAGCUGGUCGAGGCCGAGCGCGACGCCUCGCCCGCCAACUACCACCGCCGCACCAGCGAUGAGAUCGAGCGCGUCCUCUCGGCCUCGUCCGUCUCGACCGCCUCGUCCACCGGCGGCGGCCUCGGCCCCCGUUCGACCGUCCGCCGCCAGAUGAGCCGCGUAUCGACCAUCAACGACCUCGAGCGCCAUCCCACCGCCCUCAGCCGCAUCCAGACGGCCCGCAGCCAGCACGCCACCACGGUCGGCGUCGAGGCCGGCAGCAGAAGCCGCACCGCUAGCCGCGCCUCUCGCCGGCCUCUGCCCCCCUUUGGCGCCGGCAAGCCCUACCCCCCGCCGCUGCCCGACCAGGAGGAGUACGUGGUCGAGUUUGACGGCCCCAACGACCCGCUGCAUGCGCAAAACUGGCCCUUGCGCAAGAAGCUCUUGACCUCGGCCAUGCUUGGGUACACUACCAUGACCUCCGCAUUCACGUCGUCCAUCUUCUCCGCCGGCACACAGGUCGUCGCCAAACAGUACGGUGUCAGCUCCGAGAUUGGCCUCCUCGGCACCACCUUUUACGUUCUGGGCUUCGCCUUUGGCCCGACCAUCUGGGCUCCUCUCUCCGAGUUGCGCGGCCGUCGUCUCCCCAUUGUCAUUGCCAUGUUUGGCUUCACCGUCUUCUCCAUUGCCUGCGCCACUGGCGAGAAUAUCCAAACCAUUCUCAUCUGUCGCUUCUUUAGCGGCCUCUUUGGUGCUUGCCCCCUUGCCGUCGUCGCCGCCGUCUUCUCCGACAUGUUUGAUAACAAAUCCAGAGGUAUUGCCAUUACCAUCUUCUCCAUGGCCGUCUUUACUGGUCCCAUGUUUGCGCCUUUUAUUGGUGGCUUCAUAGUAGAGUCUCACCUGGGCUGGCGCUGGACCGAAUAUCUCGCCACCAUCAUGGGUGGUGUCGCCUUCAUCCUCGACUUGUUCUUCCUCGAGGAGACGUACGCGCCUGUUGUGCUCAUCUCCAAGGCCGCUGACCUGCGACGCCGCACUAAGAACUGGGGCAUUCACGCCAAGCAGGAGGAAAUCGAAGUUGACCUGAAGGAGCUCCUCUCCAAGAACUUGACCCGUCCCCUGCGACUGCUCUUUACCGAACCGAUCAUCUUGCUCCUCUCGAUUUACAUGAGCUUCAUCUACGGCAUCCUCUACCUAUUCUUCUCCGCCUACCCCCUGGUCUUUGUUGGUGUCUAUGGCUUUAGCCUCGGCGUUUCCGGUCUGACCUUUUUCGGCAUGAUUAUUGGACAGUUGCUGGCUGGUGCUACCGUCAUUUUGCAGCAGCCGUGGUACAACCGGAAACUGGCAGCCAACAACGGUCUUCCUAUCCCCGAAUGGCGACUACCCAGCAUAAUGGCUGGAGGUAUCGCCUUUGCCGCUGGCAUCUUUUGGUUUGGCUGGACGGGUUACCGAAGCGAUAUCCACUGGAUCGUCCCCACGCUCAGCGGUCUCCUCACCGGUUUUGGCCUGAUGUCUAUUUUCCUUCAGGCCCUCAACUAUCUCGUCGACGCCUAUCUCAUGUUUGCUGCCUCUGCUAUUGCUGGCAACACCUUUUUGCGAUCUCUCUGCGGUGCCGGAUUUCCGCUCUUUGCCCGUCAGAUGUUCCAGGGACUUGGUAUCCAGUGGGCGGGCACGCUGCUUGGCUGUGUUGCCCUGCUGCUGGCACCUAUUCCCUUUAUCUUUUACAAAUGGGGAGCCGACAUUCGUGGCAGGAGCAAGGUUGCCCCGACAUUCUCUGCGCCCCCUGACAUCCCCCAUGAUGAGGAGGAUUCCGAGUUCCCGGCCGAGAAGGAUAACACCGUCACCGAUCCAGCCGUCAUGUCGUCAGCCCCCAGAACCGAAAAUGAAGCAAACGGCAGAACGCUGCAGGUUUAA